AUGGAGGACGACCGACCAACGGCUGCGCGCAUCGACCAGGAGGAGGCGGAGGAGGACGCGCUCCCAGACUGGUCUCGCUUCGCUGCCUUCGCAAAGGCCAAGGGCGACAAGGGCGAGGGCGGCGUGCUGGUCCCGUUCAUUCCGAAGCGCGGCGAGAAGGACUUCGAGCCGCUCCCUGCGUCCGACGCUUUCCCGCCGUCCAGCAAGGAAGCGACCCUGUCUGAGCAUCAAAAGAACCUACUGCAGAACUCUCGAAACGCCCUCUAUACCGCACUCUCGUCCGGCUCGCGUCACCACUCCUCUCGCGGUCACAAUUCCUUCACAUGGCGACCAGAACUCGACGGCGGGAGGGCGACCUGCGACGCAGGCAACGCGGCGUACGGCAUCCACUUUGGCAACAUUGGGUUCUUCCACCAGAAGCGAAGGCAGCUAGAAUUGUUGCCAGAAGAGGCGCUUUACAUGGUCGAGCGAGGCGCGGUGGAGCUCUGGCGGGAGGAAGAGGUGGGUUCAAGGGUGCCCAUGAGCGUACAGCAGGCCUGGGAUGAAGUUAUCGGUCACGACGAAAUGACGCCGGAGCGGUAUCAGGUCUAUGCAUUCCUGCGACGACUCGGCUACGUCGUUGUUCGGGCACGCCCUGUGCCUGGAGCAGAGCGACCGAAUGCCGUCAAGCCUGCUCCCGCGUACCGGCACUUCAUCGACUGCCUCGCCUACUCUAUCCUUCCCAUCCGCGACCUUGUCCUACGCCUCGUCUCGUGCGCCCGAGCCAUGCUUCUACGGUCACCUACGACGGCCAAGCGGAUACGGCUGAUCGUGACACGCGCCGUGGGUGCGCGAGAAGGCAAGCAGGCGAGCCUGGUUGCUGGCCGGCGGUGGACGACCUAUGACCAGAUCUUCUCUCGCCUCGCGAUCAUCCCGAGCGGCCACGAUCGACCACUCUCUCGCGGCCCUCUGCCUCAUACUCCCUCCGUCUUCACGCCUCUCUCGCCAGUGCCCGACAACUGCAAGCCCAAGGACCUUCCUCCGCUCGAACAGUACCCUUACCAGCCGUUCUUCCACAUCUACAAGCCCGUGACGAAGUACAAGAAGAGCGACCCGCCCGAGCCAGAUUUCAAGAUGGUCGUGAUCAACGCCGCGACAACGCCCAUGCCCGACCUAUUCGAGUUCACCGCCAUGUUUGGUUCUGCACCCUUCCCUCCCGAACCUUCGGCCGCACCCGGAUCCAGCGCAGGCCCUUCCGCGUUCGGCCAGCGCCCUCCUCGUAAGAACGCGCCUCCGCGUCGCGAGCAUCCUACCCCGCCUCCUGAACCUCAAACUCGCGUCCAACGGAUCCUCUCCUCCAUCCCGUUCGUUCCCCGCCUCUUCCCCUCCCUCGCUCCUCCCGCCACUCAGCCUGCUCGCCGCGGUCCGAAGAAACCCUCUCCCUACCCACGGCUGAAGACCGGCCGCCGAACGAUCCUCGUCGCAGUCGUCGACAACGGCACGAGCAGCUUGCUUCGGUUCUCGGAGGGAGAGUUUGCCAAGAUUCCCUGGGCCGGAGCGGCGAGGAGUAUGUAG